GGCGGGGAGCGCCGCCCGCCCCCCGAGCGCUGCCCCUGAGCCCGGCGGGGCCGGGGAGGAUCGGCCGCUGCUCGGACGGUUUUGUUGUUUUUUUUUUUUACCCCCCCCCGAGAUUGUUUUGUUGUUUCUUGUUGGAGUUUUUUCUUGCUGGAGUUUUUUUCCUUUAUUCCCCCGCGCCCCACUUCCGUGGUUUGGAUAUUCUGGGUGACUGCGAGAAGAGUUUUGGAGUUGUUUUGGAUUGGGUAUUUUUUUCGUUGUUUUUUUUUUUUGUUCCCUUCUCCUGCCCUUGAACUGAGUUUGUCCUCUGUGCAUGCCUCUUCUGGAGCAAGGCUGGAUCCUGAACCUCGGUGCAUGUAAGGGGCAAAGCCUCGUUCAUAUUCCUGCAAUAAGAGUAAAAUGUAAAUUGGAUAAUACGACUUCUUGCCAAAGGCUCCAAUGAGUGGCACACAGUCCACAAUCACGGACAGGUUUCCUCUCAAAAAACCUUCGAGACACGGCAGCAUUCUGAGCAGAGAGUCUCCAGCAGACAAGAAGCAGAAGGUUGAACGCUGCAGCAGCACCCACGACUUCGAUCCCACAGAUAGCUCCUCCAAGAAGACAAAGUCUAGUUCUGAGGAGAGUAGAUCCGAGACGUAUGGCCUGGUGCAGAGGUGUGUGGUGAUCCAGCGGGAUGAGAACGGCUUCGGGCUGACGGUCAGCGGGGACAACCCCGUCUUCGUGCAGUCUGUCAAGGAAGAUGGAGCAGCCAUGCGGGCUGGAGUGCAGACAGGUGAUAGAAUUAUCAAGGUGAACGGGACUCUGGUAACACACUCGAACCAUCUGGAGGUGGUCAAGCUGAUCAAGUCUGGUUCCUAUGUAGCUCUCACUGUCCAGGGGCGCCCUCCAGGGUCGCCCCAGAUUCCCUUGGCGGAUUCUGACGUGGAUCUGGCAGCUUUUGGGCAUAUGUCUCCCAUCAUGGCAUCCCCCCACUCGCCUGGCACGUCAGGGAAUGCAGAAAGGAUCACCAGCCCAGUGCUCAUGGGGGAGGAGAAUAACAUUGUCCACAACCAGAAGGUGGAGAUUCUGAGGAAGAUGCUCCAGAAGGAGCAGGAGAGGCUGCAGGUCCUGCAGGAGGAGUACAGCCGGACCCCCUCCACCCGCCUGCUCAAGGAGAUCCAGGAGGCAAAGAAACACAUUCCUCAGCUGCAGGAGCAGCUGUCCAAGGCCACGGGCUGCUCCCAGGAUGGAGUCCUGUCCUCCAGGUCUGCGUCAGAGUCGCUGCAGAUCAGCGAGGGGGAGGCAGAGAGUGGGGACAGUGGCAGCAAACUGGAUUUCAGUGGUGACAGCCCCUCCAGACCCAACAGUGACAUUGCUGAUAGCCCUCGCAGUGGCCUGAAGGAGAGGAUUUAUCCAGAUGAGAGCCCAGAAAAGGCUGAGCUUCAAGACACUGACUCCCAGUGCAGUGUUGGAAGUCCCCUGGCCCGAGUGGGGACUCAGAUCAUUGGAGCAGAGGAUGAUGAUUUUGACACGGAGCAGGAGCAGAUCAAUGGGCAGUGCAGCUGCUUCCAGAACAUCGAGCUCCUGAAAUCCCGCCCGGCUCACCUGGCUGUCCUCCUGCACCACGUGGUGUCCCAGUUUGACCCUGCAGCACUGCUGUGCUACCUUUACACAGACCUGUACAAACAGACCAACUCCAAAGAGACCCGGCGUGUUUUCCUGGAGUUUUACCAGUUUUUCCUGGACAGAGCUGCAAACCUGAAAGUCCCAGUUCCAGAGGAAAUCUCCUUGGAAUUAGACAGGAGGAGGCCAGAGCUCCUCCCUGAAGAGCUGCACCGCCAGUUCAUCCAAACCAUGCAGGAUAAAGUCUGCCCAGAGGUUCAGAGGAACCUGGAAGAUUUCAGGCAGAAGAGGAGCAUGGGGCUGACCCUGGCCGAGGGGGAGCUGAGCAGGCUGGACGCAGAGCGGCUCCGCGACCGCAACGCCGUGGAGAAGGAGAGGAGCUGUGCAGAGCAGAUCCUGGCCAAAAUCGAGGAGGUCCUGAUGACAUCUCAGCCUCUGGAAGAAGACAAGAGCUCCACGAUGCAAUAUGUGAUCCUCACCUACAUGAAACACCUGGGAGUGAAAGUCAAAGAGCCUCGGAACCUGGAGCAGAAGCGGGGCCGCAUCGGUUUCCUGCCAAAGAUCAAGCAAAGCAUCAAGAAAGAGAAAGAAGGAGAGGAGAAGGGGAAGAGGAGAGGCUUCCCCAACAUUCUGGGUCCCCCCAGGAGACCGAGCCGACACGACAGCAGUGCAAUUGGCAGGGCCAUGGAGAUGCAGAAGCCCAGGCACCCCAAGCACUCACCCACAGCCUCUUCUGUGAGCCCAGAGCCCCCCGAGUCCAGCAAGAUGCGGCAGAGCGGCUCCUCCAGCGAUGGCACAGAUGCCCCUUACCCCCCUGCCAACCCCAUGUCCCCCCUGGCCAUGGGGCCCUUUGCCUCUCCAGAGGGCAGCAAGGACAGUGACACAGGUGUGAAGCAGCCUGGGGAAGCCCCACCUGCCAGUGACUCCAUGGAUGGCACCCCUCGCACACCCAACAACACCUUUGAGUUCCCAUCUCCUUUGGAAAACCUGCAGGAGGAGGAGGGAGAGUCUGAGAGGAUGGUUGACAUGGGAACGCCGAAGCCUUUUCGCAAGAUGGACAGUGUUGGCUUUGCAGAUGUGCAGAGUGAGGAUGAGCUCUAUGACUUCGACAUGGACAUGGACCCUCCCAACUGGCAGCAGCUUGUGAGCAGGGAGGUGCUGAUGGGGCUCAAACCCUACGAAAUCAAACGUCAGGAAGUGAUAAAUGAGCUGUUCUACACGGAGCGAGCCCACGUGCGCACGCUGAAGGUCCUGCACAACGUCUUCUACCAGAGGGUCACCAGGGAGGGCAUCCUCAGCUCCAGUGACAAGCGCAAAAUCUUCUCCAACCUGGAGGACAUCCUUGGGCUGCACGUUGCACUGAACGAUCAGAUGAAAUCUGUCCGAAAAAGGAACGAGACUUCUGUCAUUGGCCAAAUUGGGGAAGAUUUGCUCUCCUGGUUUAGUGGACCAGCAGAGGAGAAGCUGAAACUUGCCACUGCCACCUUCUGCAGCAACCAGCCCUUUGCCCUCGAGGUCAUCAAGUCCCGCCAGAAGAAGGACUCGCGCUUCCAGACCUUCGUGCAGGAUGCUGAGAGCAAUCCCCUGUGCCGGCGGCUGCAGCUCAAGGAUAUCAUCCCCACAGAGAUGCAGAGGUUGACUAAAUACCCCCUUCUGCUGGAUAACAUUGCUAAAUACACAGAGCUGCCUGAGGAGAAGGAGAAAGUCAAGAAAGCAGCAGAUCACUGCCGCCAGAUCCUCAACCACGUGAACCAGGCUGUCAAAGAGUCGGAGAACAAACAGCACCUGGAGGAUUAUCAGCGGCGACUCGACCUCUCCUACUUGAAGCAGUCAGAGGAUCCCAUGAUGGAUGAGUUCAGGAACCUGGAUCUAACAAAGAGAAAGAUGCUCCAUGAAGGGCCCUUGACCUGGAAGGUGAAUCGUGACAAAACCAUCGAUCUGUACACUCUGCUGCUGGAGGACAUCCUGGUGCUGCUGCAGAAACAAGAUGACAAACUGGUGCUGAAGUGCCACAGCAAGAUCCUGGCAUCCACAGCUGACAGCAAGCACACCUUCAGCCCCAUCAUCAAACUCAACACUGUGCUGGUUCGCCAGGUGGCCACAGAUAACAAAGCUUUCUUCGUCAUCUCCAUGUCGGCGACGGGGGCUCACAUCUACGAGCUGGUGGCACAGACUGUCUCAGAGAAGAAUGUCUGGCAGGACCUCAUAGCUCAGAUGGCAGGAACUGUGAAGAUGGGCAGCAGCAGAAGAGUGAUCCCACUGCCUCAGUCAGGCCCUGGCGAAGAGGAGCGUGAGGAAGAGGAGCAGCAGAAGCUGAAAGAGCAGCAUGACAUUCCUGCCAGCAGCCUGCAAAGUCCAGAUAAAGAUUUGGGCCUGGAGUCUCCCUUGAUACUGAACCCUCAGUCCUCUUCACCCAUCAUGUCUGAGAAGGCCAAGGUGGAGGGGCUGCUGGGGGCUGAGGGGCAGUUUGAGAAGGUGCAGCAGGCAGAGCUGGCACUGAAGGACUCCUCUGCCUGCUUUGAACACCCAGCCAGCAGCUCAGCCUCACUGCCAGAGGGGCAGUGGGCACGGGAUGCCCUGAGGAACUUGGGGCUGCUGAAGCAGCUCUUGGUGCAGCAGCUGGGCCUGGCAGAGAAGGGCACCCUGGAGGACAGACAGCGCUUGCCCAGGUUCAGGAGCGUGUCCCAGGAAGCCCAGACUGAGAGUGGCAACGAGCUGCAGCCCCCUGAGAGCAAAUUGCAGCAGCCUGGAGAGGACAGAGCCCUUGGCAGAACUGCAGAGGCGGCGGGCGGGCACGGCGCCCGGACUGCAGCCGAGUGCCCGGCCUCAGGGGAUGCCAUGCAGCUGGUGGGCACCGAGCCCCCUGCCCGGGGCGCUUUGCCCAUGGACAGCAUGAACCUGGAGGGCUCCAGCUCGGAGCUGGAGGGGCUGGGGGCCGAGGAGAGCGGGGAGCAUUUCUUCGAUGCCCGGGAAGCUCACAGCGACGAGAACCCCGGCGAGAGCGAGCUGCUGGACAGGAAGGAGGAAGAGGAGGAGGAGGAGGAGGAAGAGGAGGAGGAGGAGGUGCAAAUUCGGAUCUCAGGAAAUUAUUUGAUCCUCGAUGGAUACGGAACAGUGCAGGAGAGCUCCACGGACGAGGAGGUGUCAGCCCUGGUCCUGCAGUGCACCUCCCACAGGCAGCCCCCCCUGGAGUGUCCCCAGCAGCAGCAGCAGUGUCCCCUGUCCCCCAGGGACGCCCGGUCGGACGGGGGCAGCUCGCCCUUCCCCGAGGAGCUGCGCUGGGCAGGGCUGGAGGAGCCCUGUCCCUUCCUGGGCAGCCCCCAGCUCCCUCUGCAGACCCGAGUGCAGCUCAUGCAGUACAUCCACAACAUCCAGGAUGCCCUGGAGAAGCUAAAGGAGGUGGAGGAGGAUUACAGCGUGCUGCGACGCCAGGGGCUGGCUGGCUCAGCCUCCACAGGAGAGCACUCAGACAAAAGCUAGUCGUGUUUCCAGGAGUGGCUGAAGAUGGGAUGAAGAGAAUCAGGACACAGCACCCGCUGUCUCCCCUGUGGACUCUGGGAUGAGGGUUUGGAGCAUCCAAACAGGAACCAUUCUCUAGCAAAGUGGGCAUGGGGUGCUUUUCCUGUGGGGCAUCUGCACUAUCUUGUCAGUGAGGGAGUCUAUUCUAUUCUGCUCCUCUCCUUGCUACCAGAAAUUCAAUUUUUUUUUUUCAGAACAGGAAAAAAAAAAAAAACCAAACCAAAUGUACAGAGCUUUGGGUGUAGGAUAUAAAAAAAAUGUAUUUAGACAUUUAAAAGAAAAAAAAAAUCAAUGUAUUUAUUUGACUUCAUUCCGUGUAUCAAAAGCACAUUUUAAUUUUUUAAUCUGCCUUUUUUUUUUGUUCUAUUUUUGGGUAGUGACAGUUGUGGCCCACCCUGCCUGGUGAGGGGACAGGGGGGACCUGUGUGCAGGUGUUUCCUCACUGGACUGGACUCUGCACUCCCUGCUGGCACUCAGACUACCAAGAGCUACUCAUGAAGGUGUUAGGAUGGAAUUUCUGGCUGGAAUCUGUCUGUAUCCAACCAGCUGCAUGGGAAUUGCUCAUGUCACCACGUGUGGAACAGGAAUUUUCCAUGCACUAAACAGCCAGGCACUUGAGAUGGGCAAAUUUUCCUUUUCCCCUUUCCCAUUCCUUUGCUGGGAGAGGAGAAAGAGAUUUAAUUUUGGUUUUUUUCUUCUUGACUUUGUUGGCUUUGAUCAUUGUCUCCUUUGUAAAGUGAUAAAAAAAAAUACUUGGACCUGCAGCACUUUUGUAACUCUUCUCUGGAUCAAAA